UAGAUUUGUACCCUACAGUACCAUGUCAGGAUUGAGAUAACCUGACAAGUUUUUUUCAUACCUAAACAAUAAAGGGAUGAUGUAUUCAUGUCUGAAUAAGGCUUUUUAGAUAUAGCAUUUGUUUUCUGCUAAGACUUGAUCAGUAACAAUUUAACGAAAAAUGAUCAAACUGAAUAAAAAGAUACUCCCGAGUUUGAUAGAAAUUAUUUUUACAAUCCACCAGAACAUUCUGCUGAUUUGCUUCUUUCUGGUUUUCUCAAUCCCAGGCUAUGAAAGUCAUCGCCCCCAGUCCAAGCCUGACACAGAUGAUGAAGACGAUACUUCCAUGACCUCCCUUGGUGUUUUCGUACGAGGCCUUCCUCUGGCCUUGGCGUCCAUGACACAAGCUGCCACCUCAGACUCGCGCUUCCACCCUAAAUGGCGGGCGAUCACUGUGGCAACCCUGCUGGUUUUAGUGCUCAUGUUGUACCUGCACCGGACAGCAGGGGACGGAGACACUUCCACCAGAGGCUACUACCGCAACAGGGCCCAUAGUUUGCAAAUGCAUGGCGAGCGCAACGAAGACAUUUUCAGGGACGCUAACAGAGAAACGGCACAAAGCCUCGGCCACCACGAUAGAAAUGAAAAACCUUACAAUGACACAUACCCAUUAAGUCCGCCACUGAAAACAAAACAAGGCGUCAAGUACCGUAUAGGUGUGAUCGCGGACCUGGACACGGCAUCACGUAGCUCCAAGGAUCAGACAUGGUUCAGCUACAUGAAAAAGGGUUACCUGACUGUUUCAGAAAGUGCCGACAGACUGCAGGUGGAGUGGGAUGAUGAUACGGUCACUCUGGAGAGUCAUCUGGCCGAGAAAGGGCGAGGGAUGGAGCUGUCAGAGCUGGUGGCGUUUAAUGGUCACCUGUACAGUGUGGACGACCGUACGGGUGUGGUGUACAGGAUUGAGGGCAGCCAGGCUGUCCCCUGGGUUAUAUUACCCGACGGUGAUGGCUCAGUUUCCAAAGGGUUUAAGGCGGAGUGGCUUGCAGUGAAGGACGAGCACCUUUACGUUGGCGGGCUAGGGAAAGAGUGGACCACGACCUCCGGAGAAGUCGUCAACAAUCACCCAGAGUGGGUAAAAGUUGUUGGCUACCGUGGUGACGUGGAGCAUGAGAACUGGGUGCCACAUUACAACGCACUGCGGGGCGCUGCAGGGAUCCAACCACCAGGUUACCUUAUCCAUGAAUCAGCAGCGUGGAGUGAGCGUCUCCAGCGCUGGUUCUUCUUGCCUCGCCGUGCCAGCCACGAGCAUUACGAAGAGACAGCAGACGAGCGGCGCGCCACCAACCUGCUCCUGUCCUGCCCCGCUGACUUCAGCUACAUGACAGUGCGGCACGUCGGCCCACUUAACCCCACCCACGGGUUCUCCUCGUUUAAAUUCGUCCCAGACACAGACGAUCAGAUUAUUCUGGCCCUGAAAUCAGAGGAGGACGCCGGCAGGAUCGCCACCUACAUUAUAGCUUUUACACUUGACGGUCGGGUGCUGAUGCCCGAGACAAAGAUAGGGGAUGUGAAGUACGAAGGGUUGGAAUUUAUUUAAAAAUGACAAAGCUAAGGCGUACAGUUUCUUGAAAGCAAGGUUCUUCAGUAUUACAUUCUCCUCUGAUUUACUGUGCAAUAAUUUCAUAUGACCCAAAAAUGAUAUAUUUCAUAAUUAUAUGAUGACCGAGGUGAGCAAGAGAAGGUUGAAGGGCAGGAGAAUGCCACACCACAAGGGGAGGACAAUUAAAUACCACCUACAACUUCAAUUUGUGUGUGACUGUGUUUGGCAGCCAGCAGUCACAAAGAUGUUGUCACUCAUCAGUCACCACGUGAUAGGAUUAUUUAAUGUUUUAAAGCCUUAAUGACUUCAUAUCAGUUGUUGUUCUUUUGUCUAAACCUUGAGUUAAACAUCCUUGUUUGAUCAGGAGAAAUCUUUGUUUAAAAAAAGGACAGAAACCAGGUAAUGUGCGUCUCCUCUCCUGCAGCCAAACUCUGCUGGUCAGACACUCAGGGGAACCAGAUGAAACAGCAUAAGCACACAGUGAGAAGAAAAGUAGGAAUGAAUGUCCAUACACUACUUGAAAUAUUAAACUUACUCAUUACUUUGUGUUUUCUUAUUUUACAUAAACCAGUACACAUACACUGAAGUUUCUCUUUUCAGAUUUAUGACAUGAUGGGACCAGUCGCCAAGCUUACUGAGUAAACUUCAUGUGAUGAGUUUCUCAGUGUCAGCACUACAAGUCAAAAUAUCUAUUUGGUCUGAACGGAAACACCAGCUAUUUUAUUUAAAGAUGAACUAAUAUUAUAUUUCUUUUGUAUCCUCUCAAAAGAAGAAGAAUUAA